AUGCCGGAGGAUAUUCUCCCUGCAAUCCCAAAUCUGAUGAGAGAUAGUGUGAUCUUUGUUAUUCUAGAAAAGUUAAAUGCAAUAGAGAGCGCAAUUGCGCUAACUGUGUCGAUGCUGGGGUCGCAUGCCAACGUCUCCGCCCCGGACGGGCAUCGAAGCCAAAAUUCUCCCCAAGAGCGAGCGACAUCAAAUAUACAGAGCGAGAGCCAUAUAUUGGACAGCAUCCCUGAACAAGAGGAAAACGCAGCUGCAAAGCGAAGAAAGCUGGACAGUCAUGCCAACACAGAAACUCCUACUGCGUGUAACCCUGCUGCUACACCAGACAAUUCAACCCAUCAUGCACAGCAGGCCAAGCUUGUAAUACAGAUUGAGGUUGAUGGUAGGCAAUUGGGCAGAAGGCAUUUAAGCAACGAGCGGCGAAGAAUUUUUGAGUCGGCUGUGAAGCUCGUUGAUAGAAUGUCGAGGGGAGAGCACUUGGAUUUGCAGGAACCCAUUGCCCCAGAAUCUGCCCGCGAACUGCUCGAUAUUGAGGUUCCUCAGACUCCUGCAGCGGAGCUGCUCUAUAUGCUUCUUCCAGAGCCAAGUAUGGGCGAUGGGCUUCACCAUCAUAUCAGAUGGCCCGAUCAUAUAUCUGACAAGGCUUUUGAAAGAAUGAUGACUAGUCUUCUCGAUGGCGACUGCAAGGGACAGCUCUUUCAUCACUACAGUAUCUGUGUCUAUGUCAAAGCGAUGUUUCAUCUAUAUCAAUUGGCGCGGCGGUCGACAAAUCCCGCGGUAAAGAAGCAGCUUCAGAAGUCGAAACGAACCUACGAGGCUGCUGCACUUCAAGCACUCAAGCACAUCAAUCUCAUAUCGACGCCGAGCUUGUCACUUAUCCAGGCUCUUAUUUCAGCUGCAUUACUGAUGCAACACACCACUAAUAUUAGCCAAUGCUGGCUACUGAACUCGUAUGCUGCUCGCCAGAUCAUAUCUCUAAACUAUCAUAAGCCUUGUUCUCCGCCUUCUCAAUCAGGCUGCAACGAUGAGAUUCAGAGUGCCGUCUUCUGGUGCUUCUAUCUCGAUCGAACUACGAGUGCUCUCUUAAUACGACAUCCCUCUCUACCAGAAUUGAAUGCGCCUCCGAUAGGCUUUCUUACCACUAAUAUAUCAUCACCCUAUAAUAAGUUGUUACUCGUGCUUCUAGAUCUAGCAAAGGUUCAAGGAACAUUGUUGGAUAUAACACUCAACGACAGCGACAAAUCCAGGUCUCGGAUCUUCGAGAUCUUUCAAGGCGUUCAAGAGCGGAUGGAUAGAGUUUAUUCAAGUUUGCAAGAAACUCGAAGUGCUAUCUCUGGCCCAGCAUUGUACGACUGGGUAGCCGCUGAUUUUAGCUAUUAUGCAAUCUAUGUCGAUAUGCUUCGAACACGGCUAGGCUACGAUGGCAGUCCAGCAACUCACUCCGACUGCUUAGUAUACUCGAGACGAGCGCUCAGAGCAUUCCAUUACCUCCAAGAACAUGUCGAUCAUAUGCCAGGAUUCAACGACCCAGAACCGUCUUUUCUAACAUGGACCAUCGCUUUAUACCCAGCGGCCCCCUUUUUCGUUGUCUUUUGUAAUAUUAUCGCCACUUCGGAUGAGACCGACUAUCGCUUGGUACAGCAGAUAAUAAAGGGGCUAUCACAAUUCAAAGCUACUCCGUAUCUAGCACGUCUGCUAAGUCUAUUAACGUCUCUGCUACGGCUUUGUGAUCCCUUAUUUCAUAGCAUGGAUUACCAGAAUCGACAAUCACAUAUGACAGGAGAAGGCCCUUCAUCGACACAAGCACCGCCCAACCAUGUGCCGACCAACACAAGUGUCCCCGCCGUUGAAACUGAGCUCACGCAAGGUUUGGGUCCCCAGCUAUCAUCAACUGCCUACACGACGUAUAUGAGUGCAGAUGUCUCGGAGCAAGGAGUGGGGGAUGUAUGCUACCCAAUGGCAGACGACCUUAUGUGGCAGCUAGUUAAUAGCCAAUUUCCUUACAGCUGGCUUGAGGCGGAUGCUAUUCUUGAUAUCUUUUGA